GAUAUAAGUAUUCGUUGGUCGUCGUUCAAAUUCAGUACGAGUUUGUGCUUCGUCCAAAGUUGAGCUGCGAUGGAAAAACCCGGAGCUAUCCUGGGCGUGGCACUGCUGCUGCUGCUGCAAGCCCUAGAUCUGGUGAAUGCCCGGAAUGAAGACAUCUGCCGCUUGUUCUCCAAUAAUACGGUGAUCCGAGAUCCCGAAUCCUGCAGUCAGUCGAUCACGUGCAUCGAUUCCGUGAGCUACUACAGUAGAUGUACGGGAUCUACGCCAUUUUUCGACAAGGACGCGGGCAAAUGCGUAAAAUCGCUGUCCACAUCCAUGUCCAGCUGCUCCAUUUCCUGCGACGAUCGGACCAGUCAAUUCCUGGCCGAUCCCAAGUCCUGCUACGGCUACUAUUACUGUGCGGAUGAGGAGACGCCCAUGUACGGCACCUGUCCGCAGGACACCCACUUCAAUGCCACCACCCAGAUGUGUUCCCAUCAACACGAAUCGGACUGCACCACCAGUACCUUCGAGUACUGCAGCAUUGUUAAGAACUCCGUAAACUUCGACAAUCUGCAGGGCUGCAAUAAGUAUCACGUCUGCGAGAAGGGCGUCCUGAAGGACAUGACAUGCUCCAAAACCUAUUACCAGGCUAGCACGGGCGAGUGUGUGGAUAAGGCUCUGGUGGAUUGCGAUGCCCAUCCAUUGCCCACGGAAGUCUGCGGCAAGGCGGGUAAGCCCUACGAAAACAAGUUCGUCGCAGAUGACGUCACCUGUCGCGGCUACUUCUACUGCGCCAAGCAAAAGGAUGGCACCCCGGACCCGAAUCCCAUGUGGAGCCAGUGUCCCCAGGACAGAUUCUUCGAUGCGGCCAGCCAGAUGUGCUUAGCCCCCACUGCGGUCAAGUGCUCGUUUGAUCGUUGCGACGGUCGCACUGCUGAUUUUGUGGAAAGUGACACAAAGGGGUGUCGCAGCUAUCUGCGCUGCUCCGACGGAGUCACGGUGGGCGAGUACUCCUGCGGCAACUACUUCUUCGACGAGGAGCUGGGAGCCUGCACUCCCAGUGUCCAAACGUACACUGCGUGCAAGUAGUAAACGUGUACUUAAAUAAAGCUCAA